AUGCCCAUCUUUUCCUGUAUACCAUUUGCAUGUUCUGGUCAUGUAGAUGUUAUCGAGAAGCGACAGUGUAAUUUGCACGAUUUACCGAUUGAAGUGGAACGAUGUGCGAAUUCGUUGGAGGAAUUGUAUCUGGAUUGCAAUCAAAUAUCAGACAUCACUGAGGGUUUGUGUCGAUGCAAAAAACUGAAAUGUUUGUCGUUAGGUCAGAACAAAAUUCUACGCGUACCGCCAUCAAUCGGCUCAUUAACGGCGCUUGAAGAACUUCACCUCGAAGAUAACGAACUAUCCGAUCUACCGGAAGAGUUGGUGAAAUGUUGCGAUUUAAGAAUACUCGACUUACGACUCAAUUUGUUGACAAGAUUACCAGAAGUCAUCUCAAAGUUAUCUUCCCUAACGCAUUUGUAUCUGUUUGAAACAUCAUUAACACAACUUCCACCAGAUAUCGAUAAAUUGAAAAAUCUUCGAUCACUUGAUGUUCGUGAAAACCAGCUUCGUGCACUGCCUCCAGCUUUGUGCCAAUUGAAACAACUCAGAGAAUUGGAUCUUGGUCGCAAUGAACUUUCUCAUUUGCCGUUGAAUCUGGGAUCGUUGGAGAAUUUAGAGGAUUUAUACGUGGAUCACAAUUUAUUAUCAUCGUUACCGGAUUCGUUAACAAGCUGCGACAAAUUAAGAGUAUUGGAUGUAUCGCAAAACGAUUUGUGUUCAUUACCAAAGCAGAUCGGUGAUUUAAAGUUAUUGGAUGAAUUGAACAUCGCUGAAAAUCGUAUUGCUCAGUUGCCAGAAACGAUUGGUUCUCUAAAGAAAUUAACCUUUCUGAAGGCAGAUUCAAAUGCUUUGACAGAAUUGAGUCCAGCGAUUGGUGAUUGCCAUUCAUUAUCUGAAAUAUAUCUCUUCAAUAACCAACUCACGACUCUGCCAAGUUCACUUGGAAAUUUGAAAGAAUUGAGUGUGUUGUCGGUUGCUGAAAAUCAGCUGGAAGAGAUUCCUUCAACGAUCGGUGGAUGUACGAAAGUAUCCAUAUUGACCUUACGUGGUAAUCGACUCCGUCAGCUGCCCAUCGAGAUCGGUCGACUCGCCAAUCUACGAGUUUUGGAUCUUUGUGAUAAUAUUCUUCAGUUCCUUCCGUUCACCAUCAACGUUCUCUUCAAUCUUCGAGCACUUUGGUUGUCUGUUGAUCAGACAUCGCCACUGGUCCCAUUUGAAUCGGUACAAGAUCCGGGUACACACGUUAAAGUGUUGACCAGCUACCUUCUGCCUCAAGGGAAAUGUGAAGAAGAAGCUGGAAUAGUGACACAUCAGCGUAGAACAACAUCUGGAGUGAAUGUGAGGUUCGGUAGUGAAGAGGGCGAUGUGAGCGGUGAAGAUGAGUCUGUCGGACAUUUCGAACGCAAGGGAACACCGCAUCCCAAAACACGAUCUCGUGCAGUCACUCCACGUCGACAAUCUAUUGAUGGCCAUUUCAUACCGCAUAAUCAGACUGAGAACACUGCAGAUCUGACGUUGUCAUUGCGGCGUAAAAGUGCUGGUGAUAUGCCGAAUGCUGAAGGAAGCAUCCAGAAGUCAUCGAAUCAAGCGAAUGGAACGAGUGCGGAACGGAGCGGAGCAAAUUCAUUAGCGCCAAUAUCCGAAAGUGACGAGAAAAUGAAUGUCAACCAACUGCCCGAUUUGAUCGCCAAUAAUGAUUCAUUUCGAUCGGAAUGUCGCAUAAUGGUUCGUCGAGAUGAGAGAAUUGGCUUUGGUUUGUCAAUUACAGGUGGUAUUGAAUGUGAACCGUACAAGGCGGAUGAUAAUGGAUUGUUCGUGUCUGGUGUUGUUGCAAACGGGCCAUCGCAGUCGUCUGGACUUAUGGUCGGUGAUAAGAUUCUGUCUGUGAAUGGUCAUUCAGUUGUUGAUCAAUCACAUUAUACGGUUGCUGAGAUGAUGCAGAAGGUGGAUCAAGUUGAAUUACUGAUACAACGUGAACAGCAACCAAGCACGUCCUCGUCUCAUUUAGGCAAUGAUGAUGUAAAGAAGGAAGGAACAAAUGAAGAAAGUGUCGAUGAGAAUAAAAAUCCAAAUGAGACAACCACUUGCGAGCAGUUGAUCUCAACAACGAUUCAGCGCGAUUUGAAUGGGUCGUUGGGAUUUGAGGUGGAUGCAGAUAAAGGGAAUUUGGUCGUGAAAUCGAUCAUAUCGCCAUCUGAUACGCUCAAACAAAGUCCAAUUCAAGUUGGCGAUCAUCUUCUAUCGAUCAAUGGCAAAACGCUAACUGGAUCACAUUUGGAUGUAGUGAAAGAGCUGAUGUCUGAUGAGAACUCGAAUGAAGUGUAUGUGGUUGUGAGACGUCAACAAUCGAGCAGUAAAGAUCGUGGAUUCGUGACGAAAUCAGAUUGCUCGUUGAUAUCGAGUGUAUCUGAAACACCGACAGAAGGUGCGUUCACGACUGACACACAAACAGAUCAGUCAUUCGGAAUGGAUGAUAAUGCUGAACAGACGAUUACUGCUGACAUUUCAACUGUACGUGUCGAGGUUCGUUCGAGUGAAGAAGUCGCUAGCGAGGCGAUUCACACACAAGAAGCUCGAGAUCAGUGUUCAUCAAUCAAUGCAAAUAUACAGCAAUCGAAUGCAACAUCUGAUCAGGUUCUGAAUCAGCAAGUUGUGAACAAUACAAGCGAGCCCGAAAAGAUGACAAUAUUGUCUAAAAUCAAAAAAUUCGAAAGUGUUUCACAAGUGCCAGAAUUGGAACCACAGGGAGAUGAACAACAGCCUUUACCUGCCAAGAAACCGUUGGUGAGUGCGGCUGAUAUCGAAAAGAUGAAAGAGGAAGAGAAUAAGAAGUUGGCGAAUUCCUUUUCGAUGGAUGUCGAUGAAUAUUCAAACACUGAUUUCUCAUUCGAGCACUUGCUCAGUAAUAAUGCUCUACCAAAUUCCAGUCCAGCAAUUGUACGCAUCAAAGAAGCUGCACAUCGCUUAAUUACUGCGAAUGGCCAUGGUGAAGAAGCCGUUGACGGUGUAUCCAUUACAGCGGCGUCUGAUAAGUCGACAAUGAAAUUCGAUGAAAUGCAAAAACGUCAAAUGUGGAGACAGGCGAGGUAUGAAUCGCUGGAAAAGGAUACGGUCGAAGCCGAACGUUUAAUGGAGCAAGUUCUUGACAUUACAGCUCGAUACGGUAAUAUCAGUGAAGAAGAGAGUGAACGUCAGUCGUCGAUGAACGUGUCGAGUGAAGAGAACGAAUUGCAUUCGACGGAUUCGAAUCUGGUGGAUGACGAAAAUGACGCAGCUGCGGUGAUCCUCAAAACAACCACCACUGUUGGCAGUCCCUACCAGCAGCCCUUGAUUCCGCUGUAA